AUGGGAGUAUAUAUACCGCCUCCUAAUGAUAAUGAUAACAAUAAGAGUAAUAAUAAGAAAAAUAAUGAUUUUACGACCAACACCAGUAACAACAAACCAACUAAUCCAAUAACUAAUCCCUCAUCAUCUUCAGAUUCAGAUACAACAACUAUAAUAAUACCAAAUCCAGCAUCAUUAAUACCCAAAAAUCCAAGUAUAGGUUUAAUAUGGGGACCAUUUACACCUUCAUCAGAUAAUCGACCGGCUUUAGCUACCAUGAUUGGAUUACAAUUUCUUUUAGGAAUUGGAUGUUUUAGAUUUGCAAGAAAUCAAUUAAGACGUCAUCCUAUAAUAAUACCAAAUCAACCACCAAAAUAUAUGAGAAAUGGAUCAAUGUGGAAACUGAUUAUUGCAAUUGGAAUAGGAGCAACAAUUAUUUUCGGUAGUGGAUUAGAAAUAAGUAGAAUGAUAUUACCUUAUGAUCCAUGGUUUGAAGAAGCAAAACAUUAUAGAAAAAUGGCAAUUAAAAAUGGUGAUAAACCAAGUUUCUGGUUUGGUGCCUACAAGUAUUAUAGACCAAUGGAAUUAAAACUGUGGACUGAUAAAUUAGGUACUUGGUUUGAUAAUGCAAGUAAAGAAAUCGAUAAUGAUACAGAACAAUUUGGAAAUUUACCUAUUGAAUUAAGUCAACAACAACAACCACAAAUUCCAAAAACAGCAACCAACAAUAUUUUGUAUAAGUUAAACAAAAAGGGAAAUUAUAAUGAAAUUUACAAACAAUUAAAAGAAGCAAAUAAUAAAAGGAUUAACCACAUUCUAAAAAAUGAAUUGAAAGACGUUAACGAAUUAAAUAAAGCAGAAAGAUUGGAUUUAAUACUAGAAGGCAAAAGUGAUCUAGUUAAUGAGGAUUUUACAAAACCAAGUAUUCAAUUAGGUACACAUACAAUGGAUAAUGAUGAUGAUUUUGAUAUGGUUUGGUUGAAUUUUGAACCUUGGGAUGAAUUAAAAUUAGAAACUGAUUAUGAUAUAAGAUUAAUUCCAAGGUAUGCUCAGGUUACUGAAGUUGAAGCGAAAGAUGAUUCAGAACCCUUACCAGAAGUUGAAAAAAUCGAAAUAAUUGAAAACUAA